CAAAGAGUAGAAAACCUGUGUGGUUCUCUCUUGUGGCUUUUUUGGUGUAGGAUGAUUAGUAAAUUCUCAGAAGUAAUAGUGGAAAGCCAAAGACCUGAUGAUGUCACGGUAACUCAUCAAUCCUUCGUGAACAAGGUGGCAAUGGGUAUAUAUAAAAGAGACGACUCCGGUCCUUUACAGCACAGCCCAAAAUCCACAAGUUCCAGAUUGUCACCGAACUUACUGCUUUUCUACUGGAGCCAUGAAUCCUCUGCAAAACUGGAUGGGGUGCCUCUCAUUUUGGCUGUUCUGUUCUUGUUGCAUGCCUUUUCUCCUCUUUGCAAGUCCUUUGCCGAAUAAGGAAACUGAUAUUCAUACGAAUCACUCCUGCAUACUCAGGACGGUUCUGCCACCCUAUAUCAAGAACUGCACCCUCACCUUAGCUGAACAGGCAAGACUUUCUGAUAAAGAUACGGAUAACAGAUUCAUUGGGCAACAUCUGUAUGCUAACAUCAAGGAGAAAGACCACUGCUAUGUAAUGAAGAGAGUAACAGACAUUGUCAUUAAAAAUGUCCUCUCUGAGCUGAAAUCUGCUCCUGGAAACCUGCUUCCUGCUUCCAAUGUCAAAGAAGUGGCAAAUUUCUUGGCUGAACAGCAUGGGGAAUUGCAUGGCUGUAAACCUUCGGGGAAAAGUGAACACAUUGAAAAAAAUGUGAAGCAAAUGAAAGACAAAUUAGAUAAGUUGGGAGAGAAUGGAAAGAACAAAGCAGUUGGUGAACUUGACUUGCUCUUUGAAUACCUGGCAAAAGCAUGCAUCAAAGCACCGGCUUCGUAAAGGACUAAACAAUAGUUGACCAUCAAUCAGCUCAUAAAGCUACUUCUAUCCAGAUGGGCCAGCUGUUUCAUUUCAGUUUGUGGAAAUUUUAAUGGUAAUUUAUUGUAACUUGAUAAUGAUAACUUAUUUAAAAUUAUAUGUAUUUUUAUGUGAGCAAUUUAUUUAUAUGGCUUAUUAAGAUUAGUGGCAGACUUUAAUGGGACACCUCUAGAGUAAGUAAGUUGAAGGCUGGCCAUCCUCUCUGAUGUGAAAUGAAUUUACUUUAAAAUAAAAGCCAGUUUAGAAGUGUGGCAACUCCAUAGCACCCAUCCAUAAUAUAUAUCGUAUCUUGUGGAAGGGGACAUUUAACAGUAAUGAAAAUGAAACAAUUGAAUGCUGGGGAGAUGGAGGGCCCUUCCAGACCGGCCCUGUAUCCCAGGAUCUUAUCCCAGGUUUUCUGUUUAUCCCAGAUUAUCUGGCAGUGCAGACUCAUAUAAUCCAGUUUAAAGCAGAAAACCUGGGAUUAGAUCCUGGGAGAUAGGGCCUGUCUGGAAGGGUCUGAAGACUAGGGACCCAUCUACACUGCCAUAUAAAAUCCAGAUUAUCUGCUUUGAACUGGUUUAUAUGGCAGUGUAGACUCUGAUAAUCUGGAUUUUAUGGCGAUGUAGAAGGGGACUUUGUGUGCACUUGAUGUUUCCAUACAAAUACUUUAGAAAGAAGCCCUCUUCUUCAUGCAGUCAUGAGAGCCGUUAUUAUUAUAUAAAUUAGGAUGCUAAUAUAGUAGACUCUUAGACUGGCUCUACAUUGCCAUAUCAAAUCCAGAUUAUCUGAUAUGAACUGGAUUAUAUGGCAGUGUAGAUCCAGCCUUAGUUAAAUCAAGCAUUUGUCAAAAAAUUUAAAGAAAUAAUACUUUGAAUAAAAAACUAUUUUUAUAAUACAGUAAAACGGUAAA